UCUAAUAUUUCUUUUCGGACAAUAUAAAAAAUACAAAUCAGAUAAAUUCGUUUAAUGCAGAAUUUGUCCAUCGUUAUUUCUUUAUGCAAAUUGAUGCUCAAAUGAUUCAUGAAUAGAUACCGAAUUUCCUUGCUGUUUUGAAGGUUCACGCAACGUGCCUUAGAUAGCUUUAAAGAAUCCUACUUCUUUUUGAUUGGAAUAGGUGUAGUUUCAUUGGCUAUUAAUUUAUUACAUGGAAUUAUGGCGGGCAGACAAUUACGGAUCAUAACGCAGAUGUGUUAAAGGCGUUAUAUCACAUAAAAUGGUAUAUGGCACCUGUACAAGUGCAAAAAUUAAUUCUUUUCUUAAUGUUAAAAAAUACAAAAAGUUUCGGUAUAGUCAUUGGAGGAGUAUAUGUUGCGUCAUUAGAAGGUUUUAUCACGCUUUCAAGUAUGUCGUUAUCUUAUUUUAUGGUAAUCUAUUCUGCGCAAUAAUGAACAUGUAUUAUAAUAAAAAAUAAUAUAAUUAUAACAAAUUGCACGUGAGUUGUUGUCGGAUUAAUAAUGUUUCAUCAAAAAUAUUAUAAAUAAAUGUUAAGAUAAAUAUUACCAUAAGAGAAAAUCGCAAUUGUCAUACUUUACUUUAUUCAUAAUUCUUACUAUCGUUUUAACGUAUUAUACAAGUAUAAUAUUUCUUAUGUUAUAAAAUAAAAGUAGAUACGAUGUCUUUUGCGACGUAUUAAACUAUAAAACGAAGUAUGGUCGCGAAAAAUUUUUCUGAUGUUAUUCGCGUCAGUUAGAAGUUGUAGUAAAAUGACAUAUAAUUAUAUAUCAAAAUCGAUCGUAAUUGUGAAAAACGACUUUCGAACGGCGCAUUUGUUCUUUAAAUUAUUAUAUCAUUUAAUAUUACUCUAAGGGUAUACCUUCGAUGUUUUUUACGGAAAAUAUAAGGGGAAAAUAAGCGGAAUACGUAAUGCAACACAACUGGAAGGGAGAAAAAGAAUAAUUUCCGCGAUAGCCUUGCAGUCGAGUUUCGGCAUUUGAAGAGAAAUGUUUGUCUCUGCGACUUACGACUUUCAUCAGCGCGGACUUCACUAUAAACCUAGUCACGAAAGUAUUAUCGAUCGUUCUUCCUAUGUUAGUAUCCAUCAUAAAACACGGCGCCUUCUUCUACAACAGCCGAAAAAUGAAACAUCUUAUAAAUCUAAUAUGGUAUCACUGGACUAUAAUUCAGGAUAAACAAGAAAUUGCAAUAUUAGAAAAGUAUACCAAAUUCUCCAGGCGAUUUACAAUUUUUAUACUACACGCCUUUGCUUUGAGCAUGUUCAUUAUGAUGAUAGGCCACAUAUGGCCAGUGAUUUUGGAUACAAUGGUACCGUUGAACUCAUCUCGGCCACGACAUUUCUACAUUUUAGUGGAAUGUUUUAUCGAUGAAGAAAAAUAUUUUUUUUGGCUUUUGUUACAUACUAUUUUGACUAUAUCUACAGCAUUGAUAAUGAUGAUAUCCGUUGGAACUAUGCUCAUGAGUUGCAUUUUCCAUGCUUGUGCAAUGUUCAAAAUUGCAAGCUAUCGCAUUAGACAUGCAGUGACCGAGGAUUUUGAAGCAUCAUCUUCCCAAAAAGAUCAUGCAAUUUAUAAAAAAAUAAUUAACGGAGUGCAUAUUCAACGAAAAGCUAUAGAAUUUGCUGAUUUAAUCGUGUCCGAUAUGAAAAUACCUUUUUUCAUAUUACUUACUGUGGGGAUAGCUUCAUUAGUUCUUAAUAUAUUUCAAAUUUGUGUUAAUAGAAUAGAAGAGCGUAUUAAAGCGUUGCAAGAACGAAAACUUGAGAUAACGAAGAAUGAAUUGAGUGGCGGUAAGAAGAACGCAUCUACAAAGCUUGCGCUAAACGAUCUCAAAUCUCUAUUCGGCUUCUAA